AUGAUGGCUAUCAGCCUUCUCAAAACUUGGGGGUUUCUCCUCCUCACUGCGACAGCUGUUGCAAGACCUGUCGUGGUUGAAUCACUGGACGAGACUCCUGAGGGUUGGGAGGAAUCCAGCUCUCCUGCCCCCGACAAGCCUAUUGAAUUCUCCAUCGGCCUCGAGUCCGAGGAUCACUUCCUUCUCGAGCGCACUCUCAGCGAAAUCUCGGACCCUUCUCAUGCCAACUAUGGCAAGCACCUCUCUCGCGAUGCCGCCAAAGCCCUGCUCCAUCCUUCUCGCGCUGCUACGGACUCCGUUAAGCGCUGGCUCUCCGAUGCCGGAGUGCCAGAGCACCAUGUCCGUGACGAAGGCCAGUGGCUUCAUAUUCGCACCACGGUUGGCCAGGCCGAUAGUCUUCUCAGCACCCGCUUUGGUAUCUUUGCUCGCGACGAUGAGCAAGUUGUCAGAACGAGAGAAUACUCAGUCCCCAUCGAGGUCCGCGAUCACAUCACCACCAUUCAGCCUACGACCUUCUUCCCCACCGAGAAAAAGGCACGCGCCGUUGAGGACUUGACUGCCUUGGAGAAGAGGGAGGAAGCCGUCGAGGCGAGGGCCUACGGCAACAACAACGACGGCAACCAUGGUGGUAAUGGACCAAUUGACCUGCAACAGUGCAAGGCACAGCUCACCCCAGCAUGCCUGCGGAAGAUCUACAAGAUGCCGUUGCGCAGCUAUCCCAGUGCGCACCGAAAGUCGGAGUACGGCAUCGUUGGCUUCCUUGAACAAAAUGCCCAGUUUUCCGACCUUGAAGAGUUUCUCAAACGGUUUGCGCCCGACUUGAAGGGAGCCAACUUCUCCGUCUCUCUUGUCAAUGGAGGACUGAACCAGCAAUCCUUCAACGUUGCUCAAAUCGAAGCCAACAUGGAUAUUCAGUACGCCGUUGCACUCGCGGACAAGGUUCCUGUUCGUUUCAUCUCUGUUGGGGGUAUGAACCCAAACCUCGUCCCCGAUCUCGAACAGUACCCCGAACCCUGGCUCGAACUUCUGCAAUACCUCCUCAACCUCCCUAACUCGAACCUCCCCAAAGUCAUCUCUCUCUCAUAUGGAUCGAAUGAGCAGCACAUCUCAAAGUCCUAUGCUCGCCAGGUCUGCAACAUGUUUGGCCAACUUGGCACUCGCGGCGUAUCAGUGAUUGCAGCCGCUGGCAACACGGGCCCAGGCUUCUCUUGCAAGCCCAACGACGGCAAGAAUAAGAAAAAGUUCCUCCCUACAUUCCCAGGCGCAUGCCCCUACGUGACCUCUGUGGGUGGCACAGAGGGAAAUAGCCCUGAAAUCGCCUGGAACCGAUCCAGCGGUGGCUUUUCGGAAGUUUUCUCGCGUCCUUGGUGGCAAGAACAGACUGUGAAAGAAUACCUCAGGAAGCAUGGCAACGAGUGGAAGGGAUACUACAACGCCAAUGGUAGAGCUUACCCAGAUGUGGCGGCUCUUGCAUGGAACCAUCAGAUCAUGCUCCGCGGCAACCAGACUUUUGGUGGCGGAACAAGCGUCGCAGCUCCGACAUUUGGCGCCAUGAUUGCUCUCAUCAACAAUGAGAGAUUCAAGAAGGGUAAGCCCCCAAUGGGUUUCCUGAACCCCUGGCUCUACAAGACUGGCAAAGCAGGCUUCACCGACAUCACCCAAGGCAAGUCUGUAGGGUGCACGGGUGAGAGCUACCUCGGACUUCCUUCGCCCGUAAUCCCCAGUGCUGGUUGGAAAGCGGUCAAGGGAUGGGAUCCCAUCACUGGCUGGGGCACUCCUCUGUUUGAUCGACUGCAGAGACUGGCUACCUAG